AUGUCAGACGAACAAAAUAAUUUGACAUCGAGUAAUAACGAUAGGCACUGCAAGAGGUGCAAUCGUGCCGAUGCCGAUGACGAUAUGGUAUGUUGCGAUGUAUGUGAAUCGUGGAUUCACUUUCAGUGUGCUGGUGUUAGUGAAUCUAUUGCCGAACCGGAUAGAAGUUUUAAGUGCAGUAAAUGCAUGACUGAUUGGGAUGGCGAAUCGAAAUCAGCUGUUUCUUUCAAUGAGUCGUCUGUUAGCAAGAGUAGUCGAGCAUCGCAGAAAUUGCAGCUUAGUCUUCAACUUCUUGAGGAGCAGCAAAAUUUGAAGCAGAAACAAAUCGAAAUAGAACAAGAGUACUUACGGAAGCGAUAUGAAUUGCUGCUUCAGAUUGAAGAGGAAAAGGAUUCUAGCAAAUCAAGUCGGAAAAGUGGAAUCAGCGUGAAAAGAAGGUGUGAACAAAUGGAGAACUGGCUUAAUAAGGGAACACAAGUUGACAGAGCGGGACAGUCAGAGCCUACAAUGUCUGAACAGAAGGUUACCCUGCCAGUACCAGUCGUUUGCCAGAAGAAUGAUGUUCCGGUACCAAAGCCAACGUCAUUUGUCUCGAACGUUCUUACUGUAACCAAUCCGAAUUUGCUUAAUCUCAAUCCAGGAGUUCCAGUUCCAGGUGAAAGUAUUAGUACCGAAUCGUUUGCAUCAACACCGGGCAAAACUACAGCAAAUCCGCAUUCUAUUUCUUCAGUAGUUUCUGGUAUAGUGAUCCCUGCCGGAGGUAGUUCGAUCACGUCCGCUGCUGGAAUGUCGACGAGCGUUUCGUUAAUACCCGUAUCUGUACCAACAAUUUCAACAUCGAUUCUGCCCAGCGUUACGGAUGCUCUUAUCCGUGCAGUGCCAGUCUGUUCAUAUUCACGAAUAAAUACCGGAGAAGUAAUCCAAACGAUUCCGCCAAUGUCUUCAUUGCAGUUGUAUAAAAAAAACCUAACUAACUCAGGACUUGUCUCUUCUGGAAAUACAGUAUUCACUUCUACUGUGCAGCAUCCUUCGAUUUCUGGUUUGGCAGUUUCCGGAGUUCCAUGGUUACCGGAAUUUCCCGUUUUGAAUCCAGUGUCUUCAUCUCCGCUACCCGAUAGGAGCUACCGUUCGAUUCCUGGCUUGGCCACAAUCACUUCUACUGUGCAGCAUCCUUCGAUUCCCGGUUUGGCAGUUUCCGGCGUUCCAUGGCUACCCGAAUAUCCUGUUUCGAGUUAUUAUCCACCAACAAGUGUGCCUGUUUCUGCUGUAAGACCGACGUCAGUACCGUUUGUUGUACCAUCAUCGUUGGGAGUUUAUGGAAAUAGACACGAUGUUCCAGUUAGCGUAGGGCCGAAAAGUGCUCAGUUGGCGGCUAGGCAGGUUAUGCCGCGUGAAUUACCGAGGUUCAACGGGGAUCCUCACGAGUGGCCCAUCUUCUACAGUUCUUUUAAGAAUACAACGGAUGUUUGUGGAUACACCGACGCUGAGAAUCUAGCCAGAUUACAACGUUGCUUAGGAGGUGCCGCACUGGAAGCAGUAAGGAGUCGUCUACUUUUACCAGCGUCCGUGCCGUACGUGAUGGAUACAUUACAAAAGCUCUACGGUAGACCCGAGAUUCUGAAGAAAGUGCGAAACGUUCCACCGCCAAAGUCAGAAAAUCUGAGUUCCAUUGUCUGCUACGGAUUGGCGAUACAAAAUCUCGUUGAUCACAUUGUGUUGGCCGAACAACAAGCACAUUUAUCGAAUCCUAUGUUACUUCAAGAAUUAGUUGAUAAAUUGCCCGCUUCAUUGAAGAUGCAGUGGGGCACGUUCAAGCAAGCGUAUACGAACGUCAACCUGGCGACGUUCAACGGAUUUAUGUCAGGACUAGUGAAUUUAGCUUCCGAGCUUUGCAUUGAUGUAGUCUCUGUCCAAAACUAUCAACAGUCGAAGAGAACGGAAAAACAGAAGCAAAAAGAAAAGCUAUUUACUCAUUCCAGCGUGCUGCCUAGUACGUCGAAAUACAGGUCAGUCGAGGAAUCUACUUCAAAAGCGUGCGCUUACUGUGGGAAAGACGACCAUCAGAUUAUAAAUUGUCGCGGUUUCAAAUCUUUAGACGUUGGAGGUCGGUGGAAGGCAGUUCGACAGAAGAACUUGUGCCGGUUGUGCUUGAUUCCGCAUCGUAAAUGGCCGUGUAGAUCGAAGAAGGAAUGUGGACAAGAUGGAUGUCGAGUUCGACAUAAUAUGCUACUACACAGUAGUCGCAAUGACGACGGAAAUGGUCAUAGGUCGGAAGAAGUCGUUCAUCAGAACCAUCAUCAUACGAAAUCCUUUUCGUUGUUUCGUUAUUUGCCAGUUACGCUGUAUGGAAACGGAAGAGAAGUAAACACCUUCGUAUUCCUAGAUGAUGGAUCGUCGUGUACACUGCUUGAAGAAGGAAUCGCUGCACAGCUUGGCAUAGAAGGAGAACCUGAUCAUCUAUGGCUGAGUUGGACCGGAAAGGUUAGCAGACAUGAAAAAACUUCAAGGAGGCUGAGUAUUAAAAUAUCCGGAGACGAACAUAAGGAAAUGUUUCAGCUGGCUAAUGUUCGUACGGUGCGUGAGCUAGGUCUUCCAAGUCAAACACUGGACUAUUCAGAGUUGUCGGAUAGAUUUCCGCAUCUUCAAGGACUUCCCGUAGCCAGCUACAUCGAUUCCAAACCUGGUAUGAUAAUCGGUUUGGAACACGUACGGCUUCUAACUAGCUUGAAGACAAGAGAAGGCUGUAGUAGUGAACCUGUAGCGUCGAAAACUCGGUUGGGAUGGUGCGUGUACGGAAGGAAUUGUGGAAAUGGAGACUCGGUUGAACAGUUACACAUCCAUUCAUGUGACAACAUGAGCAACAGCAGCCUACAUGAUGCAAUGCGGAAGUUUUUUGCGGUGGAAGAAGUAGUUUCGACGCAUCAGUUAGAAUCGGAAGAAGAUAAACGAGCACGUAGUAUUUUGGAGGUAACAACGGUACGAAAAGGAAACCGAAUGGAGACGGGUUUGCUUUGGCGAAAUGACGAGCGGAAUUUCCCGAACAGCUAUCAAAUGGCGAUCAGCAGGUUGAGAGGCUUAGAGAAACGGUUAGCAAAAGACCCCGACUUACGGAUAAAAGUCAUUGAUCAAAUCAAAAGCUACGAGCAGAAACAGUACGUUCGAAAAAUAUCGCCAGAAGAAUUAGCAAAAGUAAACACUAGGCGAACAUGGUUUCUACCGUUAGGUGCUGCGUUUAAUGAUAUGCUGCUCAAAGGUCCGGAUCUGCUCGUAUCGCUAGUCAACCUUUUGCUACGUUUUCGAGAAGGCAAAAUAGCAGUAUGCUCGGAUAUUCGCGAAAUGUUUCUGAGAAUUCUCAUUCGGGAAGAGGAUAAGUGGUCGCAGUGCUUCCUGUGGCGUAACAGUCCAGCAGAUGAAGUGCAGGUGUACGUAAUCAACGUCGCUAUGUUCGGAGCAACCAGCUUACCGUGUACGGCACAGUUCGUAAAGAACAGAAACGCUCUCGAAUAUGCCAAAUUAUAUCCCAGAGCAGCAGAUGCAAUCGUUUACAACCACUACGUCGACGAUUUUCUGGACAGUGUCAAUUCGGAGGAUGAAGCAGUAAAACUAAUUGAAGAAGUGCAGCUCAUCCACGCUGCAGCAGGUUUCGAAUUCGGAAAGAUAUUGUCGAACUCGUCGAAUGUGCUCGAUCGUCUGGGAGAAACCGAGUCGUUGAACAGUAAGUCGCUAGGUUUGGACAAAAAUCCUUCGUGCGAGCGAAUCUUAGGAUUGGUGUGGGUUCCGUCAACGGAUCGCUUUACCUUCGAUCGAUCAGCCGUUAAAGAUGUUCUAGGUAGCAAUAUUGUAACUCCGACAAAACGGCAAGUGCUACGAACAGUAAUGAAACUGUAUGACCCCUUGGGAUUCGUAGCACAUUUUGUGGUCCAAGGAAAAAUCCUAAUGCAAGAAAUUUGGCGUGCAGGAACUAACUGGGACGAACCGAUUUCUGAGUGCUUAAGCGAUCUUUGGAGUAGAUGGAUUGAGUUGUACGACAAGAUCGACGAAGUAAAGAUACCCCGAUGUUAUUUUGUUGGACCUAAGGAGGUGGAUGAAAUCGAGAUUCAUGUGUUCACAGAUGCCAGCGUGUCGGCAUGUGCAUGUGUAGCAUAUCUGAGGAUGUCGAAUAACGGAAGUUGCUGGUGUUCUCUAGUAGCAGCAAAAACAAAGGUUGCGCCAAUUCUUCCACUUUCAGUUCCUAGGUUGGAAAUUCAAGCGGCUAUGAUGGGAGCUCGAUUAAUGCAAACCGUAAGCUCUGCACUCACGGUCAACAUAAGAAGACGAUUCCUGUGGACAGAUUCAACGGUAGUUCUAGCCUGGCUUCGCUCCGACAGUCGUCGAUAUCCUCCGUUCGUGUUGUUUCGAGUCGGUGAAAUCCUUUCGCUUACCAGUGUUGAUGAAUGGUACUACGUGCCUUCAAAGCUCAACGUAGCUGACGAUGCCACGAAGUGGAAUACAGGAUUGUCGUUUGAUCCAGACAGCCGUUGGUUUCAAGCCCCCUCAUUUUUACCCACGAAAGAGCAGUGGCCCAAACAGUCUACUAAAGUAGAUGAAGCGGAUGCCUCCGUUGAAGAAGUUCGAGUAGUAGCAGUACACCAGGCAGUAGAGGAGAUCGUUAAUGCAGAUCGUUUUUCUAACUGGAAUCGAUUAGUAAGGGCGAUGGCUUAUGUUUAUAAAGCAAUAAAUAAAUGGAAACAAUCUGAAAGCGGUAGUUGUCUUCGGCAGGAUGAGUUCAAUAAGGCAGAGGAAGCUCUCUGGCGCCAGGCGCAAGCGCAGUCAUAUGAGGAAGAGAUUCAGGCAUUGACGAAGGGUUGCAGUGUUAGUAAACAAAGCUCGCUGAGGUCGAUGGCUCUCUAUCUGGACGAUAAAGGACUUGUUCGGAUCAAAGGCCGAAUCGGAAAUGCAUCACAUAUUCCCUACGCGACCAGGUACCCAGUAGUACUUCCCAGGAACAGCCGAAUAACCUUCCUUCUUGUGGAUGCUUUCCAUCGACGGUUUCUUCAUGCGAACAACGAAACAGUUUACAACGAAUUGCGACAGAAGUUUCACAUUCCAAAAUUGCGAACAUUCAUACGCCAAGUUGGAAGAAUUUGUCAGCACUGUAAAGUGAAGAAAGCUGUUCCGGUGCCACCGUUAAUGGGACCGCUUCCCAAAGUACGCUUAACGCCAUUUAUUCGACCAUUUACGUACGUCGGUGUCGAUUAUAUGGGACCGUUCGAGGUCAAAAUUGGACGCAGUCUGGUAAAGCGCUGGAUAUGCUUGUUCACCUGUCUCACGAUUCGGGCAGUUCAUUUGGAACUGGUGCAUAGCCUUUCAACAAUCUCUUGUGUAAUGGCAGUCAGAAGAUUUGUGUCUCGGCGGGGCGCGCCUCUUGAGAUUUUCUCCGAUAAUGGCACCAACUUCGUUGGAGCAAAUCGCCAGUUGUCAGAAGAAAGGUCGAAAAUCGAGAAAAUAUCCAAGCACUGUGCCGCCACAUUCACGAACGCAGAUACGCAGUGGCAUUUUAACGUUCCUGCAGCUCCGCAUAUGGGUGGACCAAGGGAACGCAUGGUUAAAUCCGUAAAGGUUGCGAUGAAAGCUAUCUCAGACAGUCCCCGACAUCCAAGUGAUGAGGUUUUAGAAACUAUCAUGUUGGAAGCGGAAGGCAUUGUAAAUUCCCGACCACUGACCUACGUACCGUUGGAAGCAGAAGAUCAAGAGUCACUCACGCCGAAUCAUUUCCUGCUAUACAGUUCAAACGGGAUUAAACAACCACCGAGCGAUCCUGUAGCUAAAGGAUACAUUCUACGGGAUAGUUGGAAGCUAGCGCAGCACAUCGUAGAUGAAUUCUGGCGAAGGUGGGUUCGGGAAUAUCUUCCAAUGUUAACGCGACAGACGAAAUGGUUCGAUGCAGUUAAACCAUUAGAACCGGGCGAUCUAGUUGUCGUCGUCGAUGAACAAGCUAGAAACCGUUGGGAACGAGGACGCAUUCUCGAGACGUUUCCGGAUAAUACCGGACAAGUAAGAAGAGCGACGGUGCAGACAAACAGAGGAGUGUUUGCUAGGCCGGCGGUGAAACUAGCCGUUCUAGAUGUCGUAAGCAGUAGCCAGAACUCGGAGCGAAUCGCUUCGGAAUCGGGGAUGAUUCACGGGUAG